AUGGCCGUAGACGAAGCGAUGAGUAUUAAUGCCGUUAUGCAGGCUGGAAAUCAUCGAAUGCCGUUCGCGAUACACGAGAUUUUAGGACUCUCCGGAAUGUCCCCAAAUGGCUAUCUUCCCCCAAGUGCCUACUGUUCUCAAGGAUUUUUCCCUCAACAGGGCUUUCCUAUGGAUUUGCAAUGCCAAGGAUUUGAUCGAACACUUUGCAACGAAUCAAUGGCACCGAGUCAAAUGCCAAGUUCUCGAAUGGAUUAUCUUUUACCAGGAGGCCAAUCGUUACCUGGGGAUGAUGUCGGCACAACGAGUGGUAAGAUUACCAAAAGGAAAAAGCGGCGACAUCGAACUAUUUUCACCCAAUACCAAAUUGAUGAGCUCGAAAAGGCGUUUCAGGAAGCUCACUACCCCGACGUUUAUGCUCGAGAAAUUCUUGCGGCAACAACUGAUCUUCCAGAAGAUAGGAUUCAGGUAUGGUUUCAAAAUCGUCGAGCAAAGUGGAGAAAAACGGAGAAAACAUGGGGGAAAAGCACAAUCAUGGCGGAAUAUGGCCUAUAUGGCGCCAUGGUUAGACAUUCUUUGCCUCUACCGGAAACUAUCACAAAAGCCGCCGAUCCAGCAGACCCCGAUCAAUCUCCAGCGCCUUGGCUUUUAGGUAUGCACAAGAAAUCUAUGGAGGCCGCCGCUCACUUAGAUGCUGUCGAUAAAGUUUGUGAAGCCUCCGAUUCGGAAUCAGACGAAGGAACCAUUCCCCACACCUUAUUGAUGGCAAAGAACGAAUCCUCGCGAAACAUGCUGGGAAAUGGAUCGGAAGUAAAAAGCAUGCCAACAACCCUACACUCCUCUCUAUCCAAUCCUCACAGCAUCAACAACUAUUCUGCAAUGCUCGGGACUCAUCUAGGGCUAAAUACGGAUGCUACUGGAAACUUUCUGCCAACGAAUUCUAAAUUAUACCAU